GAAGAAGGCUCGUGUGAUUGGCCAGUAUUUAUAUCAACUAGGUCCCAAUGCCACCUGGGACAAUGGUCUCCAGUCAGAUCCAGGUCACACCACGGAGAACCAUUCUUUUGGCUCGGCACGGAUCAGUCCAGUCCAGUGGAGUCCAGUCCGGUCCAUCUGCCACAAAAGCCAGCUUCACAGACAGGCAUAGGUACUGCACCGACUGCCCCACUGGCGUCACACACAGGUAGGUAGGAGCACACACACUACAUCAGCAGGUGCUGCAUCACUGUUCUUCGUUUGCCUCACGCGCACGCAGACACACACACACACACGGGGUGACAGUGUGAGAUCUGGAAGCCUGCACCGCUUCAUGCAGACAGGUGAGUAUGCACACAGAGCUCUGAGCCCAGAAGAACCUCUGUCAGACUGACAUCGGUUUACAUGGCAGGUGGCAGUGACACUGAGAGACAGGUAAAGGUAAGUGCCUGUAGCAGUAACCUGCAUGUUGUGUAGUAGUUUCAGGGUAUGAUGACAACAAUGUAAACUAGUGGCCAUCAUGGAGGGAGACAGUAAACAUGUCAAUAAAGCAGUAUUUGUUAUGAUAGCAGACACAGCUGACACUAUGUCAGCCUUCACACUUACUGCAUAUGGUCAUGUAUCACAAUGACAAUCACUGCGAACAGGCUGAAACUGUGACCAAAAAUGUUAAGACUGCCUGCGGAAGGUAAAUGAAUGUUAGCGGACACAGACGCAGGCUGGUACCCGCUCACCGUCAGUGUUUUGCAGUUACUAGAGUAGUUUACACAGGAUUACCAGAGGAUAAUCCAUUUACAGUAUUUAGAGACAUGAGUCGCCAUCUGUCUGUAUUUAUCGCAGCGAGGGAGCCGUCAGCACCGGCUGGCUACAGACAGACACUUCUACGGCAAGAGGAAGCUCUCGAGAACAGAAACGCUACGUAGCUCCCAUUCUGCAGCGGAUCGUUGUCAAAUUAACCUGCAGGGGAGCCUGGUGAUGGUGUAUCUGUGACCAUGAAGUUUCCAUUCCAAGAGCCUGCCUUUGUCACCUGCUGACCUACUAUUCUCAUAUAUGUGCUACUUUUCCACUGUUUCAGCAAAUCCCUGAACAUUUAGCUUUUAGCUGCUCGUAGCUUUGAAAAGCUUCUUUUGAGUUUCCCUUUGACUUCAGGGGAGCUCCUUUCGCAGAUGAUGCGGGCAGACAGCAGAGGCCGAAGCGCCUCCCCUCACAGAAUAACCUACAAGUCUGACUUCCAUGCCAUCAAAUGUUCAUUUGACCCCGCAACGAGCCUACAAUCGGGAACCAAAACCACCUCAACUAGGCUGCUUUCCAGUCAGUCUGAUCCCAUAAUGUCCCACACCAGCGCCAUUGCGAGCCCGGGCAGCAGAGGGAGAGUCCUCAGCACCAGAGGAACCAAGAUCAGAGAUAACAUCUUCCUGCAAAUGGACAACCAGCAGCUGAAAAAAGAUGUUGGGCCGGUGCAGAGUUCGGGCUCCACAGCCUUUCUUUCUCCCCGUAGUCCCUUUCUGCACCUCCAAACUUUCUCUGCAUCCAGACACCCGGUCGUCAAUCCCUUGGCCUUUCUGAGCACUGCGGCCAACAUUUCAACUCCAGAAUCUUCUCUGCAGGAUAAAUCUUCCAGAUCCGGGGAGGUGGUGAAUAUUGACAGAGCUGCUCUGGCUCAGAAGUUCUCUGUAACGCGCAGGUUGUUUGAGACCCAGGGGAUGGAUGUUGGAAGUUGUGGAGGGCAGGUUUCAAAAGGUACGGCUCCCAGGGGAACCAAGGGGACGGCAGGUGGGAAAGCAGAAGGGGAAGAGAUGGAAAAAGAGGAAGACAAGAGUGGGAAAAGUAAACUCACAGAAGAGGAUAGCUUUGAAAAAGACAAAUCCAUAAAUGUACCCAUCAUAAAUGUUCACUUGCUGACAAGUCACCAUAAACCUCCCGUACCAGAUGGCCCUGGUGAAUCAUCCAUCAGAUCGCAAUCCUAUCUUGACCUUCGUGGUCGAGCCAUGGGAUCAGAAACGGAGGAACAAAGGGCAGCCCGUGACCUCUACUUGACCCCCGAGGAGCCAGUGAGGGCGGAACUAGUUGACGUAAAGUACGGGUCAUCAGAAAGUGAUGAGAAUGAAGAAGAAAAGGAGCAGCAAGAGGGAGGAAACUGCCCUAAGGAUGAGGGGGCAAAGGACAUGCACCAAUUUGCAGCAGAAACUGUGCCAAUAGAUUUUGAAAAGGCCAGCAUUGAAACAUCAGGACACUGCGUGUUGGAAAACGGCGUGGAACUCUGUACGAGAGAAGGUCGGUCAGUUGUUCCCUCAGACGAACACCAGGAGUCCUCAACCAGCGUGUCAUUGAAAAGAGGGACCAAAGAUGACGGUGAAGUUGGAAGAGACGAGAAUCCGCAGGUGAAGGAGGAAUGGGACGGCGAAGGAAAAGGACAGAACAGACCGUUCUUGUUGUGUGAAAACCGGGACAAGGGGGAGAAAAAGACUGAUGCAGGAGUGGUAGAAAGUUCUGGAAGAGCUGAGAGGGGCAUAAUGCGAGAGAAAGGCAAUGACCUGGAAGUUGAGACAUGCAGUCCAGAGAAGGUCGGAACGGAGAAAGAAGAAGGUCCAUCGUCUGGGCUGCAAGAUGAGGUCAAGCUUGAGGAGGGCAGAAAAGGUGGUGAUGGAAAAGACGAUCAUGUAGAGGACCAGACGGGACCUGCAGCAAUCGGUGGGAUUGCGAACGAGGCUUUUGUGCUUGAGCAGGAAUCCCAGGAAAGGGGAAACUCUAUACAUGAUAAUCAGCUUUCUUUGCAAUAUGAGGAAAUUCCUGGUUUGCCUGAAGUGGACAACGAGGAAGAGAAGGAGGGGAGUGUUGAGGAUGCAGCAAAAGAACAGCAGAGGAGAAGAGUCCGGUUCACCUCAGCACCAAUCAAGGUGUACAGCACUUACUCUAACGCUGAGUACAACCGACGGAAUGACGACGUUGACCCGGUGUCCGCCUCAGCAGAGUACGAGCUGGAGAAGAGAGUGGAAAGGAUGGCCGUCUUUCCGGUGGACAUAGAGAAGGGAGAUGAGGGUCUGGGCAUUAGUAUAAUAGGAAUGGGUGUAGGAGCUGACCAGGGACUGGAAAAACUUGGAAUCUUUGUCAAGACCGUCACUGAAAGAGGAGCAACACAGAAGGAUGGAAGGAUACAGGUGAAUGACCAAAUAGUGGAGGUGGAUGGGGUGAGUUUGGUUGGAGUCUCCCAGUUGUUUGCAGCCACCGUCCUCAAAAAUACAUCGGGCCUGGUCAAGUUUCUGAUCGGAAGAGAGAAGGAGGGAGUGGAGAGCGAGGUGGCACGACUGAUCAACGAAAGCCUGGAGAUGGACAGAACACCCAGAGAGAAGGGAAGCACAAGCGGGGACGAGGAUAUUGAUGGCAGCUUUUCAGGGAAGUCACUGGCUGAGGAAAUAGAGGAAGAGGAGGAGGAGGAGGAGGAGGAUGAUAUGUCUUUUAUUGCCAGUCUGGACAAUUACCAGCUCUGCCUCAAAUACCAGCAGCUCCAGUCAAAAAUACAAAGGAGAGCAGCUCAACAUAAACAUGCUAAAGAAAAGUUAAAGGCAUGGAAGGAGCUGCAGAUUGGUUGGGAGAACCAAAAGACUGAGCUGGAACAAAGAGUGGAGGAUGGAGAGGAGAAGGCUGAGAAACUAGAGAAGUACUGGCAGGAAGCCCAGACUCUGUGCAGGGUUGUGAACCAGCGACUGGCUGAUGCCCAGAACCAAUCAGAAAGCUUGGAGAUCAAAUACAACAAAGCCAAGAGACUGAUCAGAGAAUACCAGAGCAGAGAGGAGGAAAGAGAGAGGAGAGAGGCUGAUUUAAAAGGGGAAAUGGUGGCGAGGGAAAAGCUGCACAGAGAGACCGUUGAAAGACUACAAAUGCAGAUAGCACAGCUCGAGAGAAAAGAGGCUACACCUGAAAGAGAGAACCGCUGUGGGGACAGUGCAGGCACAGACUGGUAUUAUCCACUUCCUGAUACGGGACUUCUAGACUCCAGUGCUCACAAAGCCAGAGCUCAACUGGCCCAGAAAUCCAAGCGUCACCCGCCCUCUCGAGACAAACUCAGAGACAGCUUCAGGAGAAAGGAAUGCGAGGUUCAGAAGCUCCAGGAGAGCCAGUCGCUUUCCACGCCCACGACGGCGCUGAGGUGCAGCAGAAGCAGCGACGUGUCCAGUGUGUCGUCGUUCACGGACCUCGGGCCUCAACCCCCCAACAGCCUGGUCUUCUCACCUCCCACCUACACGGCGGACAGGGUCCCUCCGUCUCCGUGCAAAUCUUCUGCGUCCAGAAAGUCCAAAAAGAAGUUCCCCGACUUUAGUGGCCUUCGAAAGUCUCUUAGCAAAAGGAGAAGUGAGAAACUCUCCAAAAGGUCCCUGAACAACAGGGGUUCGUGUGACCUGGUGGACGGGCCUCCUGAAGUCUCUCCGUCAGGUUCAAUAACCUCGAUGCCUUCAUGCCUGCCCUUCGCCUGGUUUGGCGAGCGAGGGAGAGAAAAGGAAGUGGAGGGCGAGCGAGGCAGGGAGAGACUUCGGUCUGUGUCCAGCAGCAGCUUGCCGUACCUGACCACCACUGGCAGAAGGGGCCAGAGCAUUGGCUCUCCGGUGAAGUGCUCCAGCAUGGUGGGUCAUGUUUCUGAUCCCUCCCUCUCCGGACACUCUCACGCUUUAACUUUUUCCUCCAGCGAGACGUUGGACGAUGACCCAGUUCCCCACAACAACAACAACAACCAGUGGCAAAGUCGACCCGUGUUGGAGUGGGACAACCACCAGGUGUUACUGUGGUUAAUCGCCAUGAACAUGGACGAGUACGCGUCAGAGUUUGCUGCCCGAGGUGUCGAUGGGACACAGCUGCUCAACAUGGACAGUGAGAAACUCAAGGCUCUGGGCGUAUGCAGUCAAAGUGAUCGGACCGCCCUCAAGAGGAAGCUGAAGGAGAUAAAGAAAAGACAGGAAAAGGAACAGCGGAAAGGAGAGAAGACGCUGGAAAGGAAGAACACGUUUUUGGGUGUGGAGGCUGAGGAGAGCGACAGGACGAUGAUGAUGGAGGAGACCGUAAAUGAUAUAAGAGGCAGCAGCAAAACUGUAAGAACUGAGUCACUCUUAUAAAAAGGGGCAGUGAUGUAGAAGCACCACCAGCAUGUGCGCGUGUUUGCAGCUUAAUGCGCACAAAAUACCUGUGAAGCCAUUUCUAUUUAAUCAAUAGAAACUGUUCAUGUAUUCUACACAUCUUAAUAACUUUGGGAUACACAACAAGGUCACACACUCGGCAAAUAUGUGUCUGUAAAUUACUGUCUUGGAGUGAAUUUGUCUGAUUUCUUUUAAUUAACUUUAAUUUAUCCUUUAAUGAUUUUAAUAUUUAACAAAGUGAUGCUUUAACCACUUGAGUAUUUGCUGUAAAUGCUUUUAUGUAUUAAUAAAUAACUUUUUAAACCUCA